CAAUCAGUUGCCCUCACCACUUUCAUAUCAAUCAUAAUCAUUCCAAAGCUUUAUCAGAAUCAUGCCUGACCAGGUCAUCACCGCCGUGCCCGCAACCAACAUCAAGCGAAAGAACCGGGAAGAAGAGGAAGAUAGCGAUGAUGAAGGCAGCGAUGUUAGCAUGAUCAAUGUCGAUUUCGACUUUUACAACCCUAACCCCGAGGUGGACGACAUCGCUCUCAAACGUCUACUCCGGCAACUCUUCACCUCAGAUUCCGAACUGUUCGACAUCCAUGCACUUGCCCAGCAUAUCCUGAGCUCGGCGGGUCAGAUGGGAAUCGGGACGACGGUCAAGGUGGAUGGGACCGAGAGCGACCCUUAUGCGUACAUCAGUCUGGUCGACCUGAGCAAUGUCGAUUCCAAACCGGCCGUGAAACCCCUGGUCGAGUACCUCAUCUCCCGCCUACCCGCUUCUUCUCCUUUCCGAAACCUACUCGUCUCGACUUUGUCUCCUCAAUCUAAGAACCGGAUAGCCCUCGUGGUAUCAGAGCGUCUCGUCAACUUGCCAGUGCAGAUCAUGCCCCCACUCUGGAAGAUGACGAUCGACGAGGUGGAAAAGGCACGCAAAGAGGGAACCCCGGGGAUGGACUUUACGCAUUACUUGUUGAUAUCGCGAGUAUACAAGAUGGAUGUGGGCGAUGAGAACAUUGAUACGGCCAUGUCGGCGAAUGUACCGCAACCGUCAUCGAAGAAGGCCAAGACGACGAAACCUGACGUACCGGCUGGGACAAACAAUUUGUUCCACUAUCACCCGGAAGAAGAGUUCCUCGAGCAGUCGGCGCUUCAUACCCAUACAUUCGAAUUCAAGACCUCGCAGCCGAGAAACGAAGACUCGUUUGGUGUCGAACAGAAAGGAAGGAUGUCAAUCUACGAUGCGAGCAAGAUGCAGGCCGCGCUCAAGGUUAUGGAAGACGCUCUCGCGUGAAGGAUGUAGCCAGACACAGACUGUAUCUUUUACACACCUAUGCGGGUAUGAGUGACAACCUUUGGGAGACGUUGUCCGGCCGAUAACAGAUGCGAUAGUGGAUCAAGUUGACGUUA